CCAUGCGUGAAGGGGAAGCGUGCAGGCAACCGAAGAUCCUCGCUUCGCAGAAUAGAAAUUAGAAUCUAUGGAAAUGGGUAUUUCAGUAUUCUAAUACUUGACGGGUUUACCUUUGGUCAGAAAUUUGUUCGGUGCUGAUGCCCUGCGCUUCAACACACUCUAUCACCGUCGAGAAUAUCGAUCACUCGUGGCAACAAACAUCUUGAAGCUGUUAAGCGAGGGAUUCAGAAACAUGCUGCACUAGAGAAACAGGAAACACGGAGAAUUUCAUGUGUCUGCGUUGGGAUCUGAAGUUGGUAGCGAUGAAUCUUUGGAAUACGUGAGAGCGCAAAAUCCAAUUAUAUUAUGAUAAAGUUUGGAUUCUGCUGUGUUCGCUCUGACAUCUUCUCUUAUGGUUUCUGCACAAGCCUCGCCACUCUUGGGCGCAUUUCAGCAUACAAGGGUGCCUCUGGGGAGUUCUGCGCUUCCGUCUCGAGGUGGACGUCGGUUAUCCUCUAGGCGUGCAAUUGUAGAAGCUCAAUCCAAAUUGAAGAAGUCCUCAGGGAGGAAAUUCCUAUUUUUAGGGCAUAUGAAGGAAUUUCGAAGCUCACCGGGUUUUAUUCAGGUCAAGAGAAGGCCAGGAGUGGUGACAGCGCCAUCCGCAUCCAACUGGGACGCAUUGCCUGCUGUCGCAGCAGCGGGCUUGAGUGUUCUUGCAAUUCUUGUAGGGGCGCAACUAAGAGAAAAGGCACUCGAGGUCUUAGGUGGGGGUGCAUUCAACGCUUUUAUCCUUUCUAAGCUUACAGAGCUUGAGAAGCCCUACAAGCCAUACCCAUUGCUCACAAAUCGGCAUGUGGAGACUAUCUUUGCUGCCUUCUUCCGAUCAUUGCCCAGCCUCACAUACAGACGAGAAUGCUUGCGAAUGGCAGAUGGCGGCACAGUCGCUCUGGACUGGCCACAACCUGAAAUUCAAGAUCCCAAGGCAGUUCUUAUUCUUCUGCCAGGUCUGACAGGUGGGAGCGAUGAUACGUACGUGCAGCAUCUCACGCGCCGUGCAAGCAAACAGGGUUGGCAGGUGGUUGUGUUUAACAGCCGGGGCUGUGCAGAUUCUCCUGUUACCACUCCUCAGUUCUACUCUGCCUCGUUUACUGAAGAUCUACGCCAAGUUGUGAAGCACACAGCUUUUCUGUUCCCGUCCAAGCGCGUAUAUGCUGCUGGCUGGUCGCUAGGCGCUAAUAUUUUAGUUCGGUAUCUAGGACAGGAGGCGGAGAGAUGUCCACUUUCUGGGGCCGUCUCCCUUUGUAAUCCAUUCGAUUUAGUGGUAGCCGAUGAGGACUUUCAUAUAGGAUUCAACAAUGUAUACGACAAAAGCCUGGCUAAUGGGCUCAGGAAAAUCUUUGCAAAGCAUGCCCAUCUAUUCGAAGAUAUUGGUGGCGAUUACAACAUCCAUUUGGUUGCCAACGCCACCACAGUGCGUGAUUUUGACGAUGGUUUGACAAAAGUGUCUUUUGGUUACAAAACAGUUGAUGAGUAUUACUUUGCCUCAAGCAGCUCACGUUCAAUCAAAGAUGUCAAAGUGCCUCUUUUAUGCAUACAGGCUUUGACUGAUCCAAUUGCUCCAGAGCGAGGUAUUCCUCGGGCAGAUAUUGAGGCAAAUCCGAAUUGCCUUUUGGUAGUAACCCCGUAUGGAGGCCACUUGGGAUGGAUCUCGGGAGAUGAGGCUCCGUUUGGUUGCCCUUGGACGGAUCCAUUGAUAAUGCAAUACCUUGAUGCCCUAGAAGAGGUAGGGUUGGAUCAUCCUGAUUUCAGGAAAGCUCAAGAGCAAGAUGGAGACGUUGAAUUAGCGGGUUUCAGCAGUCGGAGAGCUACUGAGAAACCUGGGUUGAUGGAAUGAUUAAGGUACUCAUUCAGCUUAGUUGCCUCCACUAGAUCAUCUUGUAGAUUCAGAUUAUUUAUGUAGAAACAGGUGGCGAAACCAUGUUGAGAAUACAGCAUUUUAGUCGGACCCAAUGUUUUGUAGUUAGGUUGAGAUUCACUGCUUAAACCCCAUUCGAAAUAUUGUUGAAGAUUCAGUCAGUAGCGUUUACCAAAAUGAAAUUCAUAGCAUUUGAAUUCCGCUUACACUUUCAAAUUCAUCACAGAAUUACAAGAUAAGCAAAAUCAUGUACUUAUGGCAUUUGUGAUCUUUGGAUCGGCAUAUCAAACUGUUUGAAGAAAAAUAUUUUUGUAUUGA